AUGUCUCGCAAGAUAACUCAUUUUGAAACGCACGACAUCCGUUUUCCUACCUCCCUGACGGGAGAUGGUAGCGAUGCUAUGAACACCGAUUGUGACUACUCUUCCGCAUACGUUACUAUCUUCACUGACGGGGACGAACCCCUCGUGGGGCAUGGUAUGACGUUUACCAUCGGUCGUGGAAACGAUAUCGUGUGUCAAGCUAUAGCAGCACUUGCGAACAGACUCAUUGGUCUGGAACCUGAAGACCUCUUCAAGAACAUGGGAAAAACGUAUGAUUAUAUCAGUGCUGACUCUCAGUUGCGAUGGAUUGGUCCUGAGAAAGGAGUCAUUCAUAUUGCCGCAGGGGCAGUGAACAAUGCCUUAUGGGACAUGUUCGCUCGGGCGCGAAGCAAGCCUUUGUGGAAGCUUCGUGAGCUCGUUGAUGCCACCGUAUUCCGUUAUAUCACCGACGUCCUUGCGCGGGAAGACGCACUUGCUAUGCUCAAGGCAAAGGAAGCGGGUAAACAAGAACGUGAAACCAUUGUUCGAGAAGUUGGGUACCCGGCCUACAUCACCUCGGCUGGCUGGCUCGGCUACUCGGACGAAAAAGUUGCACGUCUCACCAAAGAAGCGGUUGCUGCAGGCUUCAACCACUUCAAGAUGAAAGUUGGCGCUGACUUAGCGUCAGAUUUGCGUCGCGGCCGAAUUGUUCGUUCCAUCAUCGAUGAUCCCCAAUACCUCCCCCAGGGUUCCAAAGGUCGUGACUCGAGCAGUCCAGAGCUUCAAGGGAAAAACGCCGGUCCUACUGGUGCCGUACUUAUGGUCGAUGCUAAUCAAGUAUGGGACGUUCCCCAGGCUAUCCAAUACGUGAAGAGCCUCGAAGAGGUGAAGCCUUGGUUCAUCGAGGAACCUACUGCUCCAGAUGAUAUCCUUGGUCACGCCGCGAUCCGGCGCGCGCUGAAGCCAUAUGGCAUUGGUGUCGCUACGGGCGAGCAUGCUCAUAAUCGGAUGGUUUUCAAACAACUUCUUCAAGCGGAUGCCAUUGACGUGUGUCAGAUUGAUUCUUGUCGUCUUGCGGGGGUAAGCGAGGUACUGAGUGUUUUGCUCAUGGCUGCGAAGUUUGGAGUACCAGUAUGCCCGCAUGCCGGUGGAGUCGGGCUUUGCGAAUAUGUUAUUCAUCUGAGCUUGAUCGACUAUAUUGCUAUUUCGGGAACGAUGGAACGAAACGUGCUGGAAUUUGCCGACCAUCUUCAUGAACAUUUCGUUUAUCCAUGUUCCAUCAACUCAAAGGGGCGGUACAACAUACCCCUCAACCCAGCUGCAGGAUAUAGUAUCGAGAUGCACAAGCGGAGUAUUGCUGAAUUCGAAUGGCCUCAAGGCUCAUAUUGGGCGAAGGCGAGAACCGGUAGUGUUAACUAG